AGCAGUACCGGUUGGCUGGCACUGGUUCGCCUCUUGUGGGCUGCUGAUUGGACAGCGCUCCAUAACCCGAUGCAGCGCACCACCACCUCGCAACCAUUCGACCGCUCGCUUGUUCACUACACAGUCCAUUCGCUUUGUGCUUUGCAGACAAAUGGCUGUAUUUCACCAAGGCAGAUAAUCUGACCGAAAAGAUUCACAUUCACACUAAAAUCUGGGAAGACGACAAACCCCAUAAAGAGGACCGCUUGGUUUGCUGUGACCCACAGACGAAGAGGCAUCCUGCUGCACCUGAACUGAGCAUCUCUAUCCACUCCACCCUUAAUGCUUUAUUCAUGAUGUCGGAACAGACGCAAUGCAGUGAUGACCCACAGUGAUUAGAAGAACGAAUACAUCAGAGCAAAACCAAACCAGCACUGACAUCAAAAGAUGGAGGCCUUGUGCUCAUUUGAGCGAUGUUUUCCAAAUAGCUACACGUGAUUGGCCUAUGGGCAGGUGAUCCAGCCACUGACGAGAUGCCAUCCAAGGUGUCAUGCCUGUAUUUGCUGACUGUGGUUUGCUGGGCCAGCGCUCUGUGGUAUCUCAGCGGCUCCCGGCCCUCAACCGCCUACGUGGGUCAGAUGAGCUUCGCCCGCAAACCGCUCCCACGGUUCUCGAAGAACGACACGUUCAGCAAUAUCCGCACCCGUACUCUGAACCCACACAAUUUCAAGUUCCUCAUCAAUGAGCCCAAAAAAUGUGAAGGCACAACACCCUUUCUUGUCCUCCUCAUCAGCACCAACCACAAGGAGUUUGACGCCCGGCAGGCCAUCCGGGAGACGUGGGGAGAUGAGAACAUAUUCGGCGACGUUCGCAUUGUGACGCUGUUUCUUCUCGGGUUCAGCACUGAACCUGUGCUCAACCAGAUGGUGGAACAAGAGAGCCAGAUCUUCCAUGACAUCCUAGUCGAGGACUUUGUGGAUUCCUACCACAAUUUGACCCUGAAGACUCUUAUGGGGAUGCGGUGGGUGUCCUCAUUCUGCCCAAAUGCACAGUACGUCAUGAAAACCGACAGUGAUAUAUAUGUCAACAUGGACAACUUGGUGUUUAACCUGCUGAAACCCAACACCAAACCAAGGCACCGCUUUUUCACGGGCCGCGUGAUCAACGGAGGGCCCAUACGUGAUGUUCACAGCAAGUGGUUCAUGUCUAGAGAGCUCUACCCUGAAAGCAGGUACCCUGCUUUUUGCUCUGGGACUGGAUACGUGUUCUCCGGAGACAUGGCGGAGCUGCUCUAUAAGACCUCCCUACAUACGAGACUCCUACAUCUUGAGGAUGUGUACGUGGGAGUGUGCCUACGGAAGCUAGGCAUUCAGCCCUUCCAGAACAAUGGAUUCAAUCACUGGAAAAUGACCUAUAGUCUAUGCCGCUACCGAAAAGUGUUGACUGUACAUCAGAUUUCACCAGAGGAGAUACUGAGAAUAUGGAACGAUAUGUCCAACAAGAAACAUCUCAAAUGCUAACAAAUCGUUUAGGAAUAUGUUGAUAAAACCUGAGCCAAUGUGUGAUCCUGGGAACAUGGUUAUUUAGUGGUGUUUACAGGACUUUUUAGGGCUUUUCACAUUUGAAAUAGUUAAUCAUGGUUUGUUCGUGGGUCAACAGAAUCCUGGGUUAUCUUGAUUCACGGGGAUUCAUAAGCUGAUGUUUCACACUGUACAUAGACCUUAUUCAGAUGACCAUGACCCGUCUGAAAGCUUGGCUGUGAGGGAUAGGCUUAACGUGUUUUCAAUUGCAUGUGCUGUAAAAAGCUUUAGAGCUGCUAGCUCACUUAUAAUUUUCCACAACUCAGUAUCAGUUUUUUGUCUACUGAAAGUUCUUGGACUGAUAUUUUUGCAGUGUUUCGUUAGCAGAGGUCAAGGUAACCUUAACCUUGACCAGAACAAUCCAAAAACACAUUAAAGGGAUAGUUCACUUUGAAAUUAAUUUUUGAUAUGUUUUAGCUU